GUUUUUCGUUGUUGGUUUCUUGAUUUAUUGGCAUUGUUUUUCGUCGAUUUCGAUUCGGGUUUCGGCACAACCCGUCUUUGCUUGUGAUGCCACGAAGGAUCCGAAGGUUGUGCAUUACGACUUUUGUAAUGUGUCGUUGGGGAGGGAUGCGAGGGUGGCCGAUUUGGUACGGAGGCUAACGUUGCAGGAGAAAAUCAAGUUCAUGGUCAAUAGUGCCGGUAAUGUUAGUCGGCUCGGGAUACCACGAUACGAGUGGUGGUCCGAGGCACUUCACGGGGUCUCCUACGUCGGUCCCGGCACCAAGUUUAGCAGCCUGGUACCGGGAGCGACGAGUUUUCCUCAGGUCAUAUUGACCGCGGCUUCAUUCAAUGUUUCGCUCUUCGAAACAAUCGGCAAGGUGGUCUCAACGGAAGCUAGAGCAAUGUACAACGUUGGAUUGGCGGGGUUAACAUUUUGGUCACCAAACAUCAACAUAUUUCGUGACCCAAGAUGGGGCAGGGGACAAGAGACUCCAGGGGAGGAUCCAUUGCUGAGCAGCAAAUACGGAUCGAAUUAUGUCCGAGGUUUACAACGAGCCGACGAUCAUGCUGACCCUUUUCGACUCAAGGUCGCCGCGUGCUGUAAACACUACACGGCCUAUGAUUUGGAUAACUGGAAAGGGGUCGAUCGCUACCAUUUUAAUGCUGUGGUAACGCGACAAGAUAUGGACGAUACAUUUCAACCACCGUUCAAGAGCUGUGUCAUCGACGGGAAUGUGGCGAGUGUUAUGUGUUCUUACAAUCAGGUUAACGGUAAGCCAACUUGUGCAGACCCUAAUCUUCUUGCUGGUGUUAUUCGAGGCCAAUGGAAAUUAAAUGGGUAUAUAGUUUCCGAUUGCGACUCAGUGGAGGUCUUCUUCAAUGACCAGCACUAUACCAAGACACCAGAAGCAGCUGCUGCCAAAGCAAUUUCGGCAGGGUUGGAUCUCAACUGUGGAUCAUUCCUCGGCAACCACACCGCAGCCGCGGUGAAAGCAGGGCUAUUGAAAGAAUCUGCCAUCGACAAUGCCGUCGCUAAUAAUUUUGCUACUCUAAUGCGACUUGGCUUCUUCGAUGGCGAUCCUCGGAAGCAACCUUACGGAAAGCUUGGCCCGAAAGACGUGUGUACUCCGGAGCAUCAAGAGUUGGCUCGUGAAGCUGCGAGACAAGGGAUUGUGUUGCUCAAGAACCGUGCUGGAUCGUUGCCUCUGUCUCCCACUGCUAUCAAAACCUUGGCAGUAAUUGGACCCAAUGCCAAUGUCACAAAAACCAUGAUCGGAAACUACGAGGGCGUUCCAUGCAAAUAUACGACACCAUUGCAGGGUCUAACAGCUUCAGUAGAAACAAAAUAUGUGCCAGGCUGCUCCAAUGUGGCUUGCGGAACUGCCCAAGUAAACGCCGCCAUGAAAAUAGCCGCCAUGGCCGAUGCCACCGUGCUCGUGAUGGGCAUCGAUCAAUCUCUCGAAAGAGAAGGCUUUGACAGAGUCGACCUUCUUUUGCCGGGGCAGCAAUCACUUCUUAUAAAUGAAGUUGCAAAGGUCGCCAAGGGACCUGUGAUCCUUGUCAUAAUGUCGGGCGGAAGCUUCGAUGUGGCGUUCGCCAAAAACAACGACAAGAUUACAAGCAUCCUUUGGGUUGGUUACCCUGGUGAAGCUGGUGGAGCUGCCAUUGCUGAUGUGAUUUUUGGGUAUUAUAAUCCAAGUGGAAGGUUGCCAAUGACAUGGUAUCCACAAUCAUAUCUUCAAAACGUCCCAAUGACAAACAUGAACAUGAGACCAGACCCUUCCAAAGGGUACCCUGGAAGAACCUACAGAUUCUACACAGGGAAAACGGUUUAUACAUUCGGAGAUGGGCUAAGCUACUCCAAAUUCAGCCAUAAACUAGUUCAAGCACCUCAACUGUUGUUGUUCCCAUUGGACGAAGACCACAUUUGUCGUCGCUCGUCGGACUGUAACUCCAUCGAGGUCGCUGAACGACGUUGUGAAAACUUAUCGUUUGACGUACAUUUGAGGGUUCGAAACAUGGGAAGAUUCGAUGGAAGCCACACGGUGUUGUUGUUUGCAACUACCCCGACAGUGCACAAUUCGCCUCGGAAACAUCUGGUGGGGUUCGAGAAAGUUUCGUUGAGAGGCAGAUCGGAGGCGUUGGUGAGAUUUAAAGUGGAUGUUUGCAAGGAUUUGAGUGUUGUUGAUGAGCUUGGCGGCAGAAAGGUUGCAUUGGGACAAUAUGUAUUGCAUGUGGGGAACUUGAAACAUACAUUAAGCUUGAGGUUUUGA